AAUCCAGCCAUCCACAUCGAUCGUUCCUCGCUUCUCGGUCCUCCCGCAUUUCCCCUCUCCCUCCUCCCGCUCCUCCCGAUCGAUCCAGAGAAGGAGUCGCCUGUAGCAUCCAACCGAACAUGAACGACGCCGAUGUCUCCAAGCAGAUCCAGCAGAUGGUGCGGUUCAUCCGCCAGGAGGCUGAGGAGAAGGCCAACGAGAUCUCCGUCGCCGCCGAGGAGGAAUUCAACAUCGAGAAGUUGCAACUUGUUGAGGCUGAAAAGAAGAAGAUCAGGCAAGAAUAUGAAAGGAAAGAGAAGCAAGUAGAAAUUCGAAAGAAAAUUGAGUACUCAAUGCAGCUGAAUGCUUCUCGUAUUGAAGUUCUUCAAGCGCAGGAUGAUUUAGUCAGCUCCAUGAAGGAGGCUGCUGCAAAGGAACUCCUGCUUGUCAGUGUUAAUCAAAAAGCUUACCAAAAGCUUCUGAAAGAGCUGAUUGUCCAGAGCUUGCUAAGAUUGAAAGAGCCAGCUGUCUUGUUGCGCUGUCGCAAGGAUGAUCUUCAUCUUGUGGAGUCUGUUUUAAAUCCAGCAAAGGAAGAAUACACAAAAAAAGCAAAUGUUCAUCCUCCUGAAAUUGUCGUAGAUAAUAAAACUUUCUUGCCACCUGCUCCUAGCCAUCAUAAUGCUCAUGGCCCCUACUGCUCUGGAGGUGUUGUCUUGGCUUCUAUAGAUGGGAAAAUUGUCUGUGAGAACACACUUGAUGCAAGACUUGACGUCGUGUUCCGGAAGAAACUUCCAGAGAUUCGGAAGCUUCUUUUCGACCAGGUUAUCGCUUGAUUAGCUGAUUGAAUUUGGUAAUAAAAAGACCAGGCCGUCUGCUUGAUCAACUGAAUAAUUCCUGUGAUACCAAAUGUUUAUUUCAGCAAGAAAUAAAUGAUGGCUCAGCCAUCAUUGUUGAGUGUGUAUCUAUUUAUCUUGUUUCAACCACUUAAAAAUUAUUUGUUGAAUAAUUUGUUAGCUAUUCACAAACCCUAAAAUUUUGGAGACUGUUCAUC